AUGGACGUGGCAGGUGCUUUGAGGAGAGCCACGCCCUCUUGCGCGAGGGUUCCCGCCAACCGUCUCCAAGGCACCUGCCGGCUCCCCCCUCUGCGCUUCGCCUCCGGCCCGGCCAGAACGCCCCGCGGCAAACCCAGGGCCGACACGCCAAGGUCGGUGAAGCGAUUCGUCCCAGAGGAGGCCAGCCGGUUCGUGACGCCGGACGGCAGGCUGCUCACCACCCUCGAAAACCGAGACUUUUUCCUCGAGCACGGGAUCGAGCCGGACAACGGGCGAAUGACGCGGUUCGCGCCGACUUCCGAGCUGUCCCGUCUUUGCGCCGACUUGGGCACCGCCUUGGCCUACAGCCCGCGGCACGUAAUCCACCCCCACGACCUGCGCUACUUUGAGCCUCGCGGCCACCCGCUCGCCGUGCAGAAGCGGUCGCAGUACGCUGCCAAGGCUCGGCGGCAGCCGCUGUGGAUCAUGACGACCAGUGCUGGCGCCGGCGCUGCUGUGGUGCGGACUCUGACGCAGCGCCGCUUGACCCGGUCGGUUUACGAAGCUCUGGACGCGCUGGGCUACCGGUCUGCGGGCGGGGAUGGGGGGGGCGGAGCCAACAUGGCCGACGAAGCCAACAAAGCCAACAAGAUUCGUGGGACGCUCUGGAUCGCGAUACACCAGCCCUUGAAAGCUGCCAGCCAGCCGGCGGAACGGUUCGGCCGGGUCGUUGCCCAGGCUUUGGCCAAGCACUGCGGCCUUUAG